ACAUAAAGGACAAAUCCUAAGAGACAAGAGCUCUGUGUGUGGAAGUGAGAGAAGAGGAGGGGGUAGAUGGGGAGGAAACACACACAUUCACAUGCUCUGUCUCUCCCUUACACACACGCAUACACACAGGAGUAGAGCUGUGACGAGAGAAAGAGAAGAGCUGGGAGGCAGGAGGGUUUGCUGAACACAGCCAGGGAAGGAGAAUCGAGUUUGGGGGAGAGCAGCAGCCAUAAAAUGCCUCGACGGGAGCCUGCCUGCUACCCCUGUGGCCACCUGAAGGGGAUGACAAAGGAUGAACAUGGUAGCAACAGACAGCUGAGACUGCUUAAUUCAGACAUUACAAAUUAGGUGUUGAGCUCAAGCUGAGGAUGGCAGGAGAUUCUCGAGUCCACAUGGACCACGACAUGGAGAUAGGAGUCACACCCACAGCAGUGAAGAAGCUUCCCAAACAUUUGCGGGAAGCCCAGAUCUCGACCGAGCGCACCCACCUGAUUGCUGACCCGGUCAAGAAGCCUCGGCAACGCUACGUCCAGAAGGACGGCAAGUGCAACGUUCACCACGGCAACGUGCAGGAGACCUACCGUUACCUCAGUGACCUGUUUACCACGCUAGUGGACCUGCGCUGGCGCCUCAGCCUAUUCAUCUUCACUCUGGUCUACGUGGUCAACUGGCUGUUCUUUGGUCUGCUGUGGUACAUAAUCGCCCUGAUUCGAGGGGACUUGUGGCACAGUGACGAAGACGGCUGGACCCCCUGUGUUGAGAAUCUCAACAGCUUUGUCUCGGCCUUCCUCUUCUCCAUUGAGACAGAGACCACCAUAGGCUAUGGCUACCGGGUCAUCACAGAGAAGUGUCCCGAGGGCAUCAUACUGCUGCUGAUCCAAGCUAUACUGGGCUCCAUCGUCAACGCUAUGAUGGUGGGCUGCAUGUUUGUCAAGAUCUCCCAGCCUAAGAAUCGAGCAGAGACGCUUAUGUUCUCCCACAAGGCGGUGAUCUCUGUGCGGGACAACAAGCUAUGUCUGAUGUUUAGGGUCGGGGACCUGCGCAACUCGCACAUUGUGGAGGCCUCCAUCCGGGCCAAGCUGAUCCGCUCACAACAAACCAAGGAGGGGGAAUUCAUUCCACUCAACCAGACUGAUAUCAACAUAGGCUUUGACACAGGAGAUGAUCGACUCUUCCUGGUUUCUCCACUCAUCAUCUCCCAUGAGAUCAAUGAGAAGAGCCCAUUCUGGGAGCUGUCCCAGGCACAGAUGGAUAAGGAGGAGUUUGAAAUAGUAGUCAUCCUGGAAGGCAUGGUGGAGGCUACAGGGAUGACCUGCCAGGCCAGGAGCUCCUAUCUGGACAAAGAGGUGUUAUGGGGCUAUCGUUUCACCCCAGUCCUGUCUCUUGAGAAGGGCUUCUACGAGGUGGACUACAACAGCUUUCAUGACAUCUACAAGACCAACACGCCUUCGUGCAGUGCUAAAGAGCUAGCCGCCACUUUACGUGAGGGCCAGCUGCUCCCCACACUCUCUCUGCAGAUGUCUGAGCCACCCAAACCCUACGCUCUGGAUCCGCUGUCCACUCUCAACCCUUUUACCAAAGACGUGGACAAGGAGGAAGAAGGGGAGCGGGAGGAGACCAACGGUUCUGCUGCAGCUCUGCAAGAUCAGCCGUGAUUAGACUGACUUCAGACAUGCCAAACCAGAGACAAAACUGUAAAAGACAAUACUUAAUUUAGUCAAUGGCCAUUGCAUUGCUUGGAGAUCAAAAUUACUCUUGUCCCCAUGCAAUCAUUCUCUAAAUAAUGAAUACAUAUUGAAGUACAAAUUGAUUCUGCAGAAAAAUGAAUGCACACAAACAUAUACACGUAACAUUAGACACAUGCGCAUACUCUCAUACAAACAUGCACACAUGAUAUGCUCCAGAUUACUCGUAUUGUCUUUUUAUAUUUGAGGUGUUCACAUUUCCAACUAUACCUCUCAGGAAUUACGUUCGAAUGGAACUCUUUUUUAAACUGAGAUUACAUUGAGUAUGAACAUAAUUCGGCGCAAUUAUGCUAUCAGCACAAUCCCCAGUGGUAUUGGUCCUUAGCGACUCACUAUUAUCUUGCUCCUUAUUUUUUCACCAUAAUGUUGGUGAAAAAAUAAAAAAUGCCUCAUUACAAAUAACAUUUAUGGUCAACAUUUAAGGUUAAAUUAGGAUUACGGUUACGCAUCACAGUACUGGCAUUAGGGUUAGGAUUAAGGGUACUGAAAGCCGGUUGCGGAAAUGCUUGUCCACCAUCCCCAACCACUAUGCCCUAGCCAACACACACACUACUUAACUAUGAAUGUUUAUUAAUGUCUCUAGUGGACCAGUUUCGAUGGUAAACAGCACUUGAGCACUCAGCACUCAUUGAUACUGAACGUAAUUGCAUGUUGUUAAGGACCAAUAACACUUUGAUAUGUUGAUAUUAAAUGUAAUAGCACUGCUUAUAUGUUCAUACUGAGCGCAAAUUGUGUUUUCCAAAGUAGUUACGCACGUAAGUCCUGUGAUGAUGUGUUGAUAUUUUUUCAUUACACUAAAUAUAGCUCGACUAUACUUUUACUUGAAGUGGAACAUGUAGCCAUGACAAACACAUAUCAUGGCUUAUGAUUGAUUCAAUAUUUUCAUUUUUGAUAGAUCUUUAUUUGAUUCUGCUGAUCUGAUGAAGUAUUGAUUCCAUCCCUGGGCUAAUAUCUCUUUCUCUUUCUAUUGGAUAUGAUCAUCUCCAUUUUACAUUUGUCCAUUCACCCUGGCGGUCCCACUGUCAAGCUUAAUGUCUAUAUGUGAAGAAUAUACUAGAGCAAAACAGAGGGUCUAGAGAAAUCAUCAGCAUUGGACACAGACGAAAUUGCAGUGCCACAUUCUGAAAAUACAUAAGCACAAGUCCUGCUAAAGGUAACAUGAUAUGCCCCCUUACCCUCAUGUCCAUCCCCCUUUUGCCCCUGACUGGUGCAUAUUGUAGUGCAUGAAAAUAGGCUACUGAUGAUACAAGCAGGUUUAAAAUGAUGUCCAUGGUUAUGAGUAUUUAUACUUUGCAUACUGUGACAUAAAAUCUGCUAUGCUCAUUUCAACCGUUAUAUUUGAUUGUUAGGAUUCAUGCAAUAUGUUUUGUUCCGCCCAAAUUCAGUUAUUCUACCUAUAGCCCUGACCUGUACUCAGCUAAAUCCUGUUGUCUCUGCAUGCAUGACUGUAUGACCCUGUCACAACUGUUUUGGAAUCCAUGCUUUUCCUAUGAGUCAUAUUUUUUACAGUUUUACUUUGAGGAUGUGUUUCAAAGCUUGCAUGAUAAUGAACCAUUCCCUCGACAUAGCAAGUUUAAUACACUACUAAUAAUACAGGGUAUUUUCUAAGCAUGCAAAAUACAAUAAACGAUUUUAACAGAUACUGACAACGGCAUUGGGGCUAGCUCGUUACAAUGUUACUGGUUACAGUAAUUCAGAUUGUUGUUGUGUAAAAGUAACCUAACACAUACAUUGAAAAACGUAUGUAAUGCAUCACCAGACCCAGGCUUUCGGGUCAUUAGCGCUGGAUGUUUUUGGUCAGCCCUGACUGUUUUGCGGCCUGACUGCGUAGCUGGGAUGGUGUCACUGAAACGUGAGCCAACACGCUGUUUGUUUCCACUGUGAUGCGCUUUGUUUCAUAUGCGCAGUAUAUCUUGAAACCGCAACAAAGUAGUUGGCUCCGUUCCCAGCUUUCCUGUACAGAAUGGAUUUGGUGGCCCUGCCAGCUGGUAGUUAGAUAGCUAGCGAGAUUGCAACGAUACAAUAUAUUUUAUAAUUGUUGUUUUCGCAAUAUGUUUAAUUGGAAGGGCAGAUGUUACCCCUCAAAUUUUAUCUGGUGCUACUUGCAAGUAGUUCAGAUUCAGUUCAGGCGAGUUUGUUUUCUGGGUAUAAAGCAGCUAGCUGAUCUAUUAGGCUGUCCAUUUGCUGUGUCCCAUUGGUUUUAUGCAUUUAUUUAUGAUUAACUUAAAUGUCAAUAAUUUAACAACAUUAUUUCUUUAAUGUACUGUACCGGAGAUAGGCCUACAGCAUCUGAAAUCUUUAUUAGGCUACUUGAAUUCGUAAUACCAACAAAUAUGUUGAUGAUAGCUAAGAUGACAAAUCUCAUUUGUUAAAAGAGAAGUGAGACUUAUAUUUCAUCUGUCUCCCCUUUUUAUGAAAUGUGUUUGCAUUUCUACCAGCAUUGUAGCAUUGUAUUUAUACCAUUUGCAUAAAGGUAAUUUAUAAUUAGAUUAAACUUCUCCCAUAGCUGGAA